GGAAGAGAAGACUGUCUCUUUCCCGGCCAUCUUGUGGCAGCAAACAGCGAGCUGUUGGCUUCAAGCCUCGUAGAAUCGGAGGAAAAUCCCGUUGAAGGGGCGCCAUCAUGCCCGGACAUAUGCAAGAAGGCUUCGGCUGCGUCGUAACCAAUCGGUUCGACCAACUAUUAGACGACGAGGCCGACCCGUUUGAGGUUUUAAAGGCGGCCGAAAACAAGAAGAAGGACGGGGCCGCCACUGGCAGCACCAAGACCGCUGCACAAGCCGCCAAGCAACCGAAAAAGGAGUCACAGAAGGACAGGAAGAACCCACUGCUCGACAAGAAGGAAGAAACGCAGGCGGCCCCCGUGCCACUUAAAAAAGAAGGUAUCAGGAGAGUUGGACGAAGGCCUGACCAGCAGGGACAGUCGGGGUUCCAGCAGCAGGGCCCCCCUCCUGCUUCUCAGCAGCAUGCAGGUCAGGGAGAGGGCCGACCCGGCGAGAGGAGACCAGACAGGAGGCCGCCUCGCGAGCGUCGCUUCGACAGGCCUGUCGAAGAGAAGCCUGAGGGAGGAGAGUUCUCUGUGGAGAAAUCUGUAGUGGAAAGGCCUCUCCGAGGGCGUGGUGGUGGCAGAGGGGGGCGUGGUGGUCGUGGACGUGGUAUGGGCAGAACGGAUGGCUUUGACUCCCGUGGCAAACGUGAAUUCGACAGACACAGUGGAAGCGACCGAUUCAGCCUGAAACCCGAAGAAAAGCGUGGCGGAAGUGGAUCUCACAACUGGGGGACUGUCAAGGACGAGUUGACUGAGCUGGAUCAAUCCAACGUGACUGAAGAAACUCCUGAAGGAGAGGAACACCCUGUGGCUGACUCUGAAAACAAAGAAAAUGAGGCUGAGGAGGUGAAAGAGGAAGGUCCUAAGGAGAUGACUUUGGAUGAAUGGAAGGCCAUGCAGGACAAGGAACGCGCCAAGGUUGAAUUCAACAUCCGCAAACCCAACGAGGGUGCUGACAGUCAGUGGAAGAAGGGAUACGUUUUGCACAAGUCCAAGAGUGAAGAUAGACCAGUUGGUACUCUUAUCGACACUGUGGAGAUCGAACAGGCUGAAGCAAAUGCCUUCUACCAAAAGGCUGAUGAUGGCUCGGAAUUCCACUUCCGGAAACCAGCCAAUGACAUCACAUCCCAGCUGGAGAUUAACUUUGGAGAUCUGGGCCGUCCUGGCCGUGGCCGUGGGGGGCCCCGUGGUGGGCGUGGGGGUCGUGGUAGCAGCGGUAGCGACCGUGGCGGCGACCGUGGUGGGGACCGCAGACCAGUCCGUGGGGGCAGGCCUGAUAAGCCUGGCGGCAUCUCUGUUCCUAAUGUGGAUGACCCAGAGGCCUUCCCAGCUCUGGCUUAAUCGGAAGUCGUCAGCCGACCCUUAACCCUUCGGGCCCUCCUCUACGAGGCUUGCAUGCUUGUGGAUCCUUUUCCAACUAUAAUAAAAAUGAAGACUGUCAUCCAUACCAUUCACACCUGAGGACUGAAUUGUAUCUGUUUAAAAAAAAAAAAAAAAAAAAAAAGAAAAAGAAAAAAAAGGACUUCUCUUGCUACACAGAAGAAAUAUUGAUAGUCGGUUUUGUAUUUGGGAAAUGGUAGCAAGGAUGUUUUCAUACAGUAAUUUUUUUCAGAGAUUAUGCAUACUUCAUGAAUACUUUUUGUAUUGCUGCUUGAAAAUAUGCAUUUCCAAACUUGAAAAUAUAGGUGUGAAGAGUGUGAAUCAGUUAGUUAAUGGUGUCCCAUGGCUUGUUUUAUUUUAACAGACCACAAAUUAAACCAAAUCUUCAUUAUAAUGCUAGCUCAUUUAAAAGAAAGAUCUACAAAUGAGGAUCCCAUAUUCCAGAAAAUAUUAGUCAAGGUUCAAUACUUUGUAGAGGUUAGUACAUGGUUUUUAAAAAGCUUUUACCAACUAGAUACAUUCAUAUUCAAUGAUGCAAUACUACUGAAGAAUUAUAGUUGCUCUUCCACUCAUGUUUCCAUGCCCCUGCACUGAAAAAAUCAUAUGUUUUCUUUUUUAAACUUUCAGUAAAACAGGACUUCGUAGAGCUGGUC